UGCAGCCUCUGCUUUGCUUGAUGGGGAAGCAGGGGAGAGAGAGGGUGGGAGGCGUGAAGGAGGCCCGGGGAAGGAGGCCGAACAGGGACCUGGCCAGCCCCCUCCUGGGCCCUUGAAGGUGCGCUAGGUGGAGCCGCAGAGGGCCACCGCAGGCAAAGUUGGAGGCAGACCUGUGAAGUGGAUGCUGACCAGUUUGUGCUGGUGAGGAGAGCCUGUUUCUUGCGACCUGAGCCCAAUGUCACCCUGGGUGUCUUCCCGGGGCUGGCCACAGGGACAGGACGUGGAACAGAAGAUGGUCUCUGUCUGGGGUUUUAUGGAGAGACUGCCGGCCCCAAGAAGGACUGGAGCAGCUGGGCCCUCGCAGCCACUGCAGAGGGCAGGAUGACAGCCUAUUUGCCCUGGCUACCCGGAGCCCCGCUGCCUCUGCUCUGCCUCAGGGCCUGCCGUUGCCAGAGAGCACCCAUCUGGCACCUCUGAACUAGACUUGGACUAAACCACCCGCCAAGGCCCUGAAGGCCCCAUGAAGGAGAAGGCAGCACCUCACCUGCUUAUCGAAGCCACCAGAGGCCACCUCCCUGCUUAUCCUCUGCCUCCAGCUCCCUCAGCCACGCAGGGGCUGGCGUUUGGACAGAUGUCAACAUCUUCCUCAAGACUCCUAACCAGAACCCGGCAAAUAUAUCUUCUGUCACCCACAGGGGCACUGCUGUUUGUCCCUGCCUCCAGCAGAAGGUGGGAACAUUCUCUGCUUUGUGCCCCAAAGCACAGCUUUUGAAAAUUCAAGUCCCCCCUCUUGCUGCUCCUUGAAGAUGUUGUCCAUACACGACACCCCCCAGCCCUGCUCAGCCCAGGAGGAGUGCUGUCCUUCCUGCAAGGGGGCCCGUUUUCCAUCGAGUCCAGCCAUCAGAUUUGCCUGAAGAGAGUUUCUCUCCUGUAGCUGGGGGCCUCCAUCCUGAAUUAUUGGCUAAGGCCAUUGUAAAGAGCAGUAGAAAGAGACCGAGGGGUCGGAGGCUGAGAAGACAGCCAGGCACUGCCUCUGAGCCACACAGAGUGGACCAAGGGGCAGGCUCAGGCAGUAACAGCCACUUCCAAGGUCUCUGGUAGAGAAGGAGACACCCAUGGGGUUCUAGUGCCCAGGAGAGGAAUGAAGCCUGGUGUGUGCACCUGCUGGCCUGGCCUGCUCUCCCUCUCAUCUUCCCCUCCUCCUCCCACACGAAAUGUAUGAAGGACCAAUUGUAUUGCAAAUUGAGGCGAUGAAAUAGGAAGACUGCCAGACAUCCCCAAAUUCUAAGAGGCUUAGAGCCCCAGAGCCUAUCAGAGCAUGUGGGACACAGAUCCUCACCGAGGAACUGAAAUCAAGGAGAGCACUGCAGAUGGCAUCGCUCCCAUGGCAGCGUGGACCAGCAGCUGCUCCCCGUGGAAAUGCUGGAGGCUGCUCCCGCCCCGGGGGCAGGGGGGGGGCGCACGGUGACUUCUAUUCCUACCUGGUUCACGUCUGGGGGGGGGGCCCUGGCCGGGCAGCCCCCCCACAUUUCUCCUGCCCUGAAACACGGCUCUAGCCAACCUGCUCCGCUGCUUCACCUGCGACCGCCUGUGUGGGGGCUGCACAGCGCCGGCCCCACCGGCCCGCCAGGGCAUCGUCCUCCAGCCCGUCAUGCCCAGCUGUGACCCGGGUCCGGGCCCCGCCUGCCUCCCCACCAAGACCUUCCGUAGCUACCUGCCCCGUUGCCACCGCACCUACAGCUGCGUCCACUGCCGAGCACACCUGGCCAAACACGAUGAGCUCAUUUCCAAGUCCUUCCAAGGGAGCCACGGCCGAGCCUACCUGUUUAACUCCGUGGUCAACGUGGGUUGUGGGCCGGCAGAACAGCGCCUUCUGCUCACGGGGCUCCACUCGGUAGCUGAUAUUUUCUGUGAGAGCUGCAAAACCACACUGGGCUGGAAAUAUGAGCAAGCCUUUGAGACGAGCCAGAAGUACAAGGAGGGAAAGUACAUCAUUGAAAUGUCACACAUGGUGAAGGACAACGGCUGGGACUGAGGGGCUCAGGCAGGCAGUGCCCUUCCUCCGCAUGCCCCACCCUCCCAUACCUGUCUCCUGGCCCUGACAAGUGGUCUGUACCAGCAUGAGUACUUGCUCCACCCCUGGGGGGAUCCCGGCUCCCACCAACCCCUCCCGCCUCCACCUCAUCACUCCCAGGCCUCUUUGGAACAGGGGUCUGGGGGACUCCAGGGGUGUCCAAGGCUCAGGAGUGGGCAGCAGUCAGGAGAGAGGCAAAACUGGGGAAAGGGGUGGUUGUGGGUCCUUCUAGCCCCGAGGUCCUAUAAAUGGAGGAGAUGGCAGGCCAUGCGUUAGGCAGAAGCCAGUAGGAGGAAUCUGCUUUUGCUCCACCUUUUUGAGUAAACAGAGGACAAAGCUCGAGUCAGGGGCUGGUAUAUCCUGGGCCACUGAAUAGCAGAGAAAACGCUUGGGUUGGGGUUAAGUUUGGGCCUCAUACACAGGGAGAAAGCAGUCUCUGAGGGUGAAAGGAAAAAUCUCAAAUCCCAGGCCCUGGGAAAAAAAGGAAUCACAAGGGUUUCCAUUUCACUCCACUUGUUUAUCUUGGCACUAAAGAGGCACUUUCCAGUAUCUAACCUUUGCCACUUAGUGGGAUGGGGAGAGCUGCCUCGGGAGCAGCCCCCACCCCCAGCUGGCUGUUUCCGGAGCGAGUGGUCUCUAGGGGCAUUCCCUGAGGCCCAGCUACUGCUCCCUGGGACGCAGUCCCAGAGAGGGGAGGCGGGAGAUCAGUGCUACGGGGCCAGGCUUUCUCGUGGCUGCCACCAGCGAAUGAAACUUUUGUAUGAUACAUAAAGUGUUUGGGUUUAUUUUUAAUAAAAAGAGGAAAAGCAGCUAUGAA